AUGCUUUCGUGCUUCCGGCUGCCGCGCGCGGGCGGCGGCAGCGGCGGCGGGGACGCGGCGGGGGCGGCGUCCCCCCGGCGCCCGUCGCUGCCGUUCGCGGCGGGGCUGUUCGCGGCGUCCCCCUCGACGUCGGGGCGCGGGAAGAGCCCCUGGCCGUCGGAGGCGGACGACAUGGAGAAGAAGCGGUGGGACAGCAUGGAGUCGUGGUCGAUGCUGCUGGACACGGUCAUGGGCCCCGGCGGCGAGGGGUCCCGGGACAGCGGCGGCGGCCGGCGCGAGGAGUGGAUGGCCGACCUCUCGCAGCUCUUCAUCGGCAACAAGUUCGCGUCCGGCGCCAACAGCCGCAUCUACCGGGGCAUCUACCGGCAGCGCGCCGUGGCCGUGAAGAUGGUGCGCAUCCCGGAGCGCGACGAGGCCCGCCGCGCCGUGCUCGAGGACCAGUUCAACUCCGAGGUCGCCUUCCUCUCCCGCCUCUACCACCCCAACAUUGUGCAGUUCAUCGCGGCGUGCAAGAAGCCGCCGGUGUACUGCAUCAUCACCGAGUACAUGUCGCAGGGGACGCUGCGGAUGUACCUGAACAAGAAGGACCCCUACUCUCUGUCGCCGGAGACGAUCCUGAAGCUGGUGCUGGACAUCUCGCGGGGCAUGGAGUACCUGCACGCGCAGGGGGUGAUCCACCGGGACCUCAAGUCCCAGAACCUGCUGCUCAACGACGAGAUGCGCGUCAAGGUGGCCGACUUCGGGACCUCGUGCCUGGAGACCAAGUGCCAGGCCACCAAGGGGAACAAGGGCACCUACCGCUGGAUGGCGCCGGAGAUGACCAAGGAGAAGCCCUACACGCGCAAGGUGGACGUCUACAGCUUCGGCAUCGUACUCUGGGAGCUCACCACCUGCCUGCUCCCGUUCCAGGGCAUGACGCCCGUGCAGGCCGCCUACGCCGCAUCCGAGAAGAACCUGCGCCCGCCGCUGUCGAGCUCGUGCCCGCCGGUGCUCAACAACCUGAUCAAGAAGUGCUGGUCGGCGAACCCGGCGCGGCGGCCGGAGUUCAGCUACAUCGUGUCGGUGCUGGAGAAGUACGACCACUGCGUGAAGGAGGGGAUGCCGGUGAUGGCGCACCAGGAGCUCAGGCUCUGGCGCUCCUUCGCCAAGGUCUUCAGGAUGGGCUGCAUCGCCAACAACUUGUCCAUACCGGUGCACGCGUGAAUGAUCCGUCAGUCAACUCAUCAUCGCUCCUACCAUAACUGAACCUCAACUGCUGCUGCUGCUGAUUGUCAUUGUCUCUCCAUGCUUGAUCUGCCUUGUCUGAUCCAGAGACUUUUUUUUUUUUUGAAAAUUUGAUCCAGAGACUAAGAACUAGUAGUAAGUAGCAUCUACCUAUCUGUCACAAAUUGGCAUAAAAAGACGUCCUGAACCAAGUGUAACUCGAUCGAUCCAAUGUGUAAAUUUAGCUUUUAUCUUUCUGCU